UUUGUUUCCACGUCCAUUCACUAACAUAUUGUCCCGUUGUUUCUUCCUCAACAGUUUCUGCACUUACUACCCGAAGGGAACUCUGCUUCAGUCCCCCAUUUCGAAAAAUAUUUUCUUUGCUUACAGCAAAGCGAUGUUCUUUAAAACAUCGGCGCAUCUGCUGUUUGUCUUACAAAGCAUUAAAAAGUGAAAUGUAGUUACAAAGGUGCUGAUGAAUAACCACAUAUCUAGACACCGUAAUUUCCAAGCACUUUCAUCUGUUAAUGUCUCAGUCUCAUUUAGUUAGCCAGAUGCGAUUUCGCCUUACUAAUUCACCCUUACUAAUUCACCCUUACAUUACAGGUGUCAAGAGUGGAUUCUGCGCAGUGGAAACUUUUCAUUGUUUGACUUGCAGCAGAGUCAGCUGCGUAAUAAAUUCCUUUGUGCUCUUCACUUCACUGACAAUUCUUUUAUGAAUGAGUUGAAAACAAAACUAGUAUUUAACGCUGUGCCAAAUCCAGAACCUCUGGAAGAGCCUGCAGACGUAGAAAACGAAGACAACACUAGACAACACAGCGAUUACGAAAUGCACCAAGGAAGCUGUUCGCCACCUGCCCGUGAGCCAGUCCAUAGUUCGCCGGAUACGUCGCUGCCAACAGAUUUAACACCAAGAAAACGAAAGCUGACACAAAGAAUUAAUGAGCAAAAGUUAAAAUUGGCGAAGCAGAGGAAAAAACUGUGGAGAAUGCGACAUCUUGCCACGAAGAAGCCUGAUGUAAAAGCUGUGGCAACAGAGGCUGUUAAGCAUAUGUCUCCAAAAUGUGGAACAUUAUUUGGUAUGCAGCUUCUACACAAGCCUUUCACUCCUUGGACAGAAGCGGAGAGACGGCUGUCGUUGAGUUUAUUUUAUAAAAGUCCUGCUGCAUAUGACCACUUAAGAAGAGAAGUUGGAAUGAAACUACCUUCGAAAAAAAUUAUUCAGAAGUGGGUCAGUGAAAUGGAUAUUAAAGCGGGCACAGAAACUAAACUAUUUGAACAUCUUGUAGAAAAAGUGAAGACAAUGGAUGAUAGUUGCCGAGAUUGUGUAUUGGUGUUCGACGAAAUGAGUGUGAGGAAGUGUCUCAGCUACUGCGCUAAGUAUGAUGUCGUUGAGGGCUAUGAAGAUUUUGGUAGCCUCGGACGUACGUCUAAGGUGGCAACACAGGCUCUCAUGUUCCUCGUUCGUGGGCUGCGUCAAAAAUGGAAAUUACCUGUUGCCUAUUUUACGUCUUGCAAACAGACUAAAUCUGAUGUAAUGAAACAGUUGCUGUUCGUUGUAUUAGAGAAACUUUUUACUGUUGGUUUAAAGGUUCGUUGCAUUGUUUGUGACCAAGGGUCCAAUAACCGCUCAUUAGUGCGUGAUCUCUGUGUUACAACUUAAAAACCUUUCUUUCAUUAUCGAAACAAAGUUUAAUACGUCAUGUACGACGUGUGUCAUCUCCUGAAAAGCAUUCGAAACCGUUUGCUGGAGAGAGAUAUACAAACUGAUUCGAAUGAUAUUGUGUCUUGGCAAGACAUUGCCAAGAUGUAUCAACUAGAUAGGAAGGGCGGAAAGGCAAGAAUGUGCUGCUCUCUCAGUCACAAGCACAUCAAUCCGAAUAACUUUGAAAAAAUGAGUGUUCGACUUGCAACACAAGUAUUCAGUCAUUCCGUCUCGGCCGCUAUUCUAUCAGCGUAUUCCACGUCGGAGCUUCAGAGCAAAACAGCGCUGAAUACAGCUUCCUUUCUGGCAAGACUGAAAAAUUUGUUCGACGCAAUGAAUAGCAAGACUCUCUAUGAUUCGAAACCAUUCGCCUGUGCUCUAAGCACUCAAAAAAGUUGGUUAGAGGAUUAUCUACAGGACUCCCUGGAUUGGUUAAAAACGUGGAGGGUCGUUAACCCUCCCCCAAAAAACUGAGAUUCCUCCAUGUUUUACAGGCCUUCAGCACACAAUUCGUGCUUUGUUAACGCUAUGGAAUGACUUGAAAAGCGAUGGCUAUGAGUUCUUCUUAACAUCGCGGGUGAACCAAGACCCCAUAGAAAAUGUAUUUUCAGUAAUCCGGCAACGCUCAGGUUUCAACAGGAAUCCCAGCUGCCAGGAAUUCCGCAGAAACUUGCAGCACAUAGUGGUAGCAUCACUAAUGAAACCUGUUGAUUCGGCGAACUGUGAGCCCGAUGAGGACCAUUCUGUGCUGGAAGGGAACGAUUGAGUGACCUCUUCGGCAAUUAACGUAAGCAUGAAUGGAGACAGCGGAAAACAUGUUCCGAAAGAAGCUGCACAUGAAGCACCUGAGCUUGUGCACAGUGCUGAAUUAGAGUUACAGAGUCAGCCAGCGUCUGUGGAGGACUGUGCAGUGCGCUACUUAGCAGGCUACCUGGCACAUAAAUGCAUCAAAAAAUUUAACUGUGACGUUUGUGUGUCGGAACUGCUUAAAGGCAACAAGACUCUGGAAAGUGCAUAUGAACUCUAUAUAUUUUAUAAAGCUUAUGAAACGUCCGCGGAAGACUUGGGCGAAUUAAGAGGCCCUUCAGAAAAUCUGACUGCCGUAGUUAGAUCUAAUUUAAAAGUGUUCAACGACGUGUUCAAAACUGUCCAUUACCAGUUUGGCGUAAACUGCAGCCUUGUGAACUCAAUGUUGAAGGACACUGAACGUUUGUAUCCUCAAUGGCUUCAGCUUGAUCCAUGCUCAAUGGAUCGAAAGUAUAUCCUAGAAAUGCUCUGUGAAGUACAGCUACAGAAGGAGCUACUUUGGAUUUCAAACGAAAUGUAUCCAGCAAAAGACUCUAAAGCAUCCAAACUUCCCGGGGUAAAUAAAUAAAUUCAGACCAUAACUUUGUUAUUGCAAAGCUAAAGUUUAAUUUUAUCUUGUUAUGUAUUAUAUUUUACUGUGUUUAUUUUCUAUCUGCGGUUUGCUUAUUGAUGAACUGUUGUGUCUGUCCAACACGUCUGUUAACUUUCUUAAUUUCCUUUAUUUCAUGAGAACAGUU